CUCGACUUCCUAACCACACCGCGCUUUUCCGACCCCACGUACCUCACCACCCUCUCUCUGCUGCUCGCCGCCGUCUUCAUAACCAUGUCAUGGUUUUCCCGAGCUGGAGGGAGCUGGGGCGCAGGCCGCUUCUCCCCCUUCGGCCGCACGUCCUCGCCGCUCAACGGCACCGGCGAAGUGUCCGAUGAAGGAUACUCGUAUAUCACCAAGGAGGAUCUGGACCGCGCGGACCGCAACCCGGAGCGCGAAUCCGACGUGCUCGUCUUCAAGCACGGGCGCACCAACUACCCGGUGCAUUUUCCAAAGGAUAGUAUAAGGGAUGGGGAGGUGAGGGUGAAGGAUGUGAGGAGUGCGGCGGCGAAGGCGAUGGGGGUGGGGGACCCCGGGAGGGUGAGGAUGUUCUUCAAGGGGCGGAAUUUGAAGGUCGAUGACAGGAUGGCGAGGGAGGAGGGGUUGAGGGGGGAUGGGCCCGGGAGCGAGAUCUUGUGCGUUGUGGGCGAGGGGAGUGGGAGGGCGCACACCAUGGCUCCUGGGUCCGAGGAUGUAGGUGCCAGACCUGGAAGGGGGGAGGAGGGAAGUGAGGAUGAGGAAUUCGAAGGCGGAGAAGGGACCGAGGAUGGAGGUGUUGCUGUUGCUGGCGGCAAGAAGAAGUCCCGUCGACGCGGCAAGAAGAAUAAGAAGAAGCAACCCGCCUCUCCAGCACCACAAACACACGCCUACUCCAACGCCACCUCGACGGCCGCGGAGUUCCUGCCCACUCCAACCCAGGCCUUCCCCCCUCGCCCCUCCUCCACAUCCGCCCCGUCGUCCCAGCCCACCUCCCGGGCCCCAACCCCUCAAACCCCGCUCGCAAAACUCGACGCCAUCGCUAGUAAAUUCCACACGGAGCUGGUCCCGCUGUGUGUACAGUUUAUCCAGGAUCCACCCGAGGAGAAGGCGAAGCGGCAGUUUGAGUACAAGAAGCUGAGUGAGACGAUAUUGACGCAGGUGCUCCUGAAGGUGGACGGGGUGGAGGCGGAGGGGGAUGCAGAAGUGAGGGCUAGGAGGAAGGACUUGGUGAGGGAAGUACAGGGCAUGUUGGGGAAAUUGGAUGAGACGGUCAAGUAG